CCCCUGCAGGAUCUGACGGGAGGAGACGCGGCCUGGACCGAGGCGGGGCCGGCACUGACGGAAGAGGAGGAGGAAGAGGAGGAGGCCGAGGCUGUCGCCAUGGCGAGUCAGUCGCAGGGCAUCCAGCAGCUGCUGCAGGCCGAGAAACGAGCCGCUGAGAAGGUGGCAGAGGCUCGGAAGAGAAAGAAUCGGAGGCUGAAGCAGGCAAAAGAAGAAGCCCAGGCAGAGAUUGAGCAGUACCGCCUGCAGAGGGAGAAGGAGUUCAAAGCCAAGGAAGCAGCGGCACUUGGAUCUCAUGGCAGCUGCACCACUGAAGUUGAGAAAGAGACCCAGGAGAAGAUGAGUGUGAUCCAUCAGAACUUUAUGAAGAACCGUGAGGUGGUCCUCUCCCAGCUGCUGUCACUCGUGUGUGACAUCAAACCUGAAAUCCAUGUCAAUUACCGCAUCGUUGGGUAGGAGUGGAGGAAGGAAUGAGCAUCCUGGAAAUGCUGGUAGCAACAUCUGAGCUUCAGGUGGAACGUACAGCUCUUUAGCCAUACCUUACCUGUUCUUCUUGUACAUGUGUUAAAUUAUUUCAGUGAGUUGUAGGUCAUCAGUAUCGCAUUGGAGUUCUGUUAGUUUCUCUCUUGACAUGGUUUCAGAGCUUAUUCCAGCAUUAAAUAGCCAUGUCUCAAAUCUGUGCUAAGUUAUUAAAUAUAUAUUCCUGCUGGCACAUCAAUGCUCCCUUUUCAUCUGGACAGAAUUCAGUGAGAGGCUUUCCUCUGAAAAGUAGAGAGAGAGAUGUUGACCAGGUUUAAAUGCAGGGGCUGUGUCAGUCAUUUGAACCUGUGUAACUGUAUUCCUGGUGACCAAAAUAUAUUUUUCAGCGUGCUGUUAACCUUUGUAAAGAGGUUAAGCCUUGUAAGAAGAAUUCUCUGGCUGUACAAUGCUGGCUGAUAAUUUUCAGGUGCUUGAGUUUCUCUGUAUUGAAUAUCCCCUGUAUUUUCUGCUGUUAGCUUGAGUUACAAGUCUGGCACUCUUGACCCUUGGAAGUAAAACCACAUAUUUAACUCCA